GCUGAGUAUACUUACGCCUCGUGGCUCUAUAACUUUAACAGGACUUCAAAGUUACUAUGAGGUUUGGUUGCUUUGUACUUUGCAGGCAACCACUGAGUGAAACAACCCAGAAUGGAAAAACAUCUCACAUACAUGGCGCCGCAAAUUUUGAAGGAGCCUGUGACCCUAACAAUGUGCUCAUCGUGUCGGACCAAGGCAAAGAUGAUGAUGUUACUUCUUUAGCCAUCGCUCACGAAAUAUCCCACGCCGAGGAAGCAGCUGACUGCUUAUUUAACGACACGAGUGAUCCACAGCUCGAAGACCAGAGGGCCGCUUCCUGCACCCCCUUCCUGCCAAGGGGCGAGAAACUGCUGCGGACUGAGACAGGAGGACCAUGCUCGUUACGCUGCUACACUGACUCCAAGUCUUUCUUUGUGCUGCCAGAACGAGACGGUAAACGCUGCCAUAAGUCUGAUAAAGCUCAGCGCUUCUUCUCUUCGGAGGAUGCCGAUGUGAUAGCCAGCACAUUCACAUGCCUCCUGCACAUGCCUCCAGACAGCACAUGCCUCCAGGCCCUUGUAUUUUUAGAGCUCUGGUGA